UCGGAACAGGCCCACACCCAGAAGGCUUGCUCUACAGUAUGCCACAGUUUAAGCGCAGUAACUUUUGCGCAAGGGUAACAAGACGCCGGGGAGGGCUGGGAGUCCAGGGUUCAGCCGAGUGAUGGUUCAGUCGCAUGGGGUUCAGAGGUACAACCCGGAUGACGCGUGUCGCCCCACGCAAGUUAAAUCCGAAGCGCCUAACACUUCAACAAACAGUUGCUUCCUUAUGAACAUCUCCAGCAGCGACAAAUUAGAUUGUGAAAGCAGUUCGCGAAAGUAGCUCGCAACAUCUGUCGCAACAUGCCCUUGCUCCGCCUAUCGACGGGCGCGGUGCUGGAAUACGCAUCGUUCGGAGCUCCUCACGCUUCAAAGACAAUUAUUUACCAUCACGGCUGGCCGAGCUCACGCCAUGAAGCGGCAUUCUUGCACCCGCAUGCUGAAAGGCACGACCUGCGGGUGCUCGCCAUCAACCGCCCCGGCGUGGGGCGCUCCUCCCUGCCGCCAGCGCCUGGCCAGUACGACUUCCCCACCGUGGUGGAAGCUGUGCGGCAGCUGCUGGACAGCGCCGGGCUGCGGCGGGUGGUGUUCAUGGGCACCAGCGGCGGUGGGCCCUACGCGGCGGCUUGUGCGGCGCUGCUGCCGGAGCGCACCACGGCGGUGUGCCUGGUGGCUUCCAUGACGCACACCCGCAACGCACCCGGGCUGCUGCAAGGCAUGGCCUUGAGCAAUCGACUGGGCUACCUGGCAAUCAACCACGCGCCCAGACUGUGUGGCGGCGUGAUGGCGGCUGGCACGUUGCUGCUGCGGGCGGCGGGCGCGCUGGGGCUAGGGCCGGUGGCGGCGGCGGCGCGGCAGGCGGCGGCGCAGGAAGCGCACGGCGGCAAGCCAGCGGGCGCAGGGGCACAGCCGGAGGAGGAAGGGGGGCGGCAAGACACCGGCAGCGGCGGGGGGGCUGCUGAAGGGCUGCAAGCAGGCGAACGGGAAGGAGCAGGAGCCGGGGGAGGUGAAGGGGGAGGCGGCGAUGCGGCGGCGAGGUCGGCUGCGGCGGCCGCGGCGCUGCCGGCAGGGGCGCUGACGGCGGCUGUCGGGGCGGGCGAGGGCGGCGCGGUCCGGCGGACGGCUGCGGGGUCGGCGCUGUCUGAGGCGGUGACGGCGGCCAUGCUGGUGGCUGCGGGUUUCUCGCGGGCGGACAGGCUGGCAGUGGCUCGCGCCAUGCGGCAGCAGCCCGAGCUGGUUGCGCUCAUGUCGGGCUCGGGGCGCGAGGCGCUGGCUCAGGGGCUGGCCGGGCUGUGGGCCGACAUGCGCCUGACGUCGGAGCCCUGGGGGCUGCCGCUGGAGCGCAUCACCGCACCCACCUUCGUGUGGCAGGUGCGGCUGGGGAGCUGCGUGAGGAAUGGGUGGGCGGGUGGCUGGGUGGCUUAGAUUACUAUAUGUGUGUUGGAAAUACGCGGUGUUUGGCAAGUUUCCUAUCGCAUCCGGUAUACUGAAUAGCAGGCUCGCGUA